ACGACCGGUGUCGGGGAUUAGCAUCUCAUGAAACUCACUUUUCACAAGGCCACCUGAGCAACACGACCUUGGUCUCUGCUUCAUGUCUCUUGAACUUUCUCUUCGUCUUCGUCCAACAAUUCAUUCUUAUUCACCUAGCUAUUCCUCCAUCUCCUCGCGAUAGUACGUCCUUUCGGCCGUCAGGGGCCUAGUUCCGAUCUCGACCUUGUAUGCGCAGAGAGUUCGCCCCAGAUCGAUCGUUGUCUCAGCCUCCCGUAGUUUGAGCCUCACUCCGUCAUUAGUUCAUCGCGGGGUCACGGUCCCAUCCAGAGUCCAGCAUGAAGGCACUUCGCGAAAAGCUCAAGGACUCCAAGCUGUACGAUGCCAAAGUCGAGGCUAUUCACUUCAAAAACAAACUCGGCAAGCUCAAGAACAUUAUCAACACCAAUCAUCGUCACGACGAGGAACAUGAGCAGGAAACUGACCGCAAGAGGACCGCCAUCUGCGAAAGCCAUCGCUUCAAGUCCUUCUUCCCCGAACGUGACAACAACAACAUCAAAUGGUAUGUCGAUGGCCGUGACUACAUGUGGGCCAUCUCCGUUGCCCUCGAGAACGCCAAAGAAACCAUCUACAUUGAAGAUUGGUGGUUGUCCCCUGAGCUCUUCUUGCGACGACCUGCCUUUUUCAACCAGGAAUGGCGACUCGAUCAAACCAUCAAACGUGCCGCGGAGCGUGGUGUUCAAGUCUAUGUCAUUGUCUACAAGGAAGUCCAACAGGCCCUGACCUGCAACUCGGCCCAUACCAAGCAUGCUCUGCGUGCUCUUUGUCCUGAAGGCACCAAAGGCCAUGGAAAUAUCCACGUCAUGCGCCACCCCGACCACAACGUCUUUGAGAAUUUCGGCGACAUGACCUUCUACUGGGCCCACCACGAGAAGUUCAUCGUCAUCGAUUACGACUUGGCUUUCAUCGGCGGUAUAGAUCUGUGCUAUGGCCGAUGGGAUGUUCGACAGCACCUUCUCGCCGAUGUCCAUCCUUCCGGUGUGGUUAACGAGGUCUUUCCUGGACAAGACUUCAACAACAAUCGAAUCAUGGACUUUCAUACCGUUGAAGACUGGUCCAACAACGAGCUGGUCAAGACUGACUACGGUCGAAUGCCGUGGCAUGAUGUCGCCAUGGGUCUUGUGGGUGAAUGUGUGGUUGAUAUUGCCGAACACUUCGUUCUGCGCUGGAACUUCAUCAAGCGAGACAAGUACAAACGCAGCGAAGCCGUCGACUAUCUGUGCAUGACCACCAGAGCUCGUGCAGACGGCUCUAACCCUGAUGAAGACCUAAUUGCAAUCCAGCGACCCAAACACCCUGUUGGAAAGUAUAUCGAGCAUCCACUCAGUCCAUUGGAGAACAAAAAGCUCACCGAUGUUGGCACCGUUCAUGCUCAGCUCGUCCGCAGCAGUGAUGACUGGAGUAGCGGUAUUCUUGUAGACCACAGUAUCCAGAAUGCCUACGUCGAAGUCAUCGAGAAAGCUCAGCACUAUGUCUAUAUCGAAAACCAAUUCUUCAUCACAGCCACCGGUGAUCAGCAAGCCCCAAUUCACAACACCAUUGGCCGUGCCAUGGUCAAUGCAUGCCUGCGCGCCGCAGAGGAAGAUCGCAAGUUCCGCAUCAUCAUCGUCAUCCCUGCCAUUCCUGGAUUUGCGGGUGAUCUCCGCGAGGAUGCUGCCAUCGGCACUCGCGCCAUUAUGGACUAUCAAUACAAAUCCAUCAACCGGGGGGAACACUCCAUCAUGGGCCAGUUGUCCAAAGCAGGCCUCGACCCGCACAAAUACAUAUUCGUCUUCAAUCUCCGUGCCUAUGAUCGAAUCAACAAGACCCCGGCCCUGAUUCAGCAAGAAAAAGAAUCUGGCGUGUCCUACCAGGAACUUCAACGCGCUGAAGCCGAAGAAAUCAUGGGCACUGGCAUCCACGGAUAUGCCGAUGAGUUCCAGGAAGGAGAAAGCAAGAGAACCAAUCAAAUCUCCGAGGACGAACAACACGAGAUCAUUGACCGAAAGCGACGGUUCGAAGCUGCCCGAAGAAACGUCGACGCUGAAGACCCCAUCACUUCAACGGACUCCAUUGCCGAAGAUGCUUUAGCUCGCGGCGGCUUGGUGUCGGAGGAGCCAUGGGAGGGCGAAAAGGAAGACGAGAAGGAGCAUUUUGUGCAAGAAGAGCUUUACAUCCAUGCAAAGCUUCUCAUUGCUGACGACAAGACUGUCAUUUGCGGAUCCAGCAAUCUCAAUGAUCGUUCUCAGCUCGGCUCACACGACUCGGAGCUGUCCAUUGUCAUGACUGAUACGCGACCACUUGAAUCCACUAUGGAUGGUCAACCAUACCAGGCAGGCUACCACGCCGCCACGCUCCGACGACAUCUGUGGCGAGAACACCUUGGAAUGAUCGAUUCACAAGAACUCGACGCAUCGAAAGACCCCAACGCCCAGCCACCUAAUGUUUGUAUGAAUGACGAAUACUCGGGUGAAGAGUGGGAGUUUGUCGCCGAUCCACUAGGCGACGCAGUGUGGGAAAAAUGGUGCACGCAAGCUACCACAAACACUGAGAUCUAUCGACAUCUAUUCCGUGCCGAUCCUGAUGACAACAUCAAGACUUGGGCUGACUACGAUUCGUUUGCACCCCGUAAGACUAUCAAACAGGGCCACUUGCACGACCCGCACAUGCCUGUCGACCUAGUCCGUAAGGAGCUCGACCGAAUCCGGGGACAUUUGGUUUGGAUGCCUUUGGACUUUUUGUGUAACGAAGAAAUGGCAGAGAAGGGUUUGCAGGUCAACUCAUACACCGAGAGUAUCUACACUUAGACUGCCACGGUAAUGGUUCUCGUAUGGUCAAUAGAGGAUUUGUCCUCUUUGCGCAAUGAUAAAGUCAAGCCGGUAGAGGAAAUCGCCCCUGUCGGAAUGAUGCCAUUGAAAAGCAUGUGUGGGGUCUUGCUCAUGAUUACAGGGGCCACGAAGCCGGAAUAUUGGGGAAACCCCAUGUCAAUCUCAAUAGUCAUUCCUCGACCCUUCGUCUUAUUCUAUGAUGAUAUUCAGCUAUUUUCGGCCGUUUUGCCUGAUGAUUGGAUAGUGAUAUGGAGCCUUAUUGUGGGAAGCUUUGCGAGUCACAAAUCGUGCCAUUAAAAUAGUCAAAGGGAGAAGUGAGGUCUGCUCAGUGUGCCUUCGAGGAAUAUUUAUCUUUCGAUUGGAAACACUCGUAUAAGUUUUGAACCAAGAUGACCCAUCUAUCUCAUGACAUGAUUUGAUAUGAUCUCCCGAAAAGUGAACAACUG